AUUUUCAGUUUGGCAGUCGUGUUCUGCUACAUUCCUUCUGCUGUUGGCUUUUGGUAUUGUUUACCUAUUUGGAAAACUGCGUGACAGGAAAAGUUUUGUCGCACGUUAAACAUAUACCUACCAGGAAAAUUUUGUCGUAAAUUUAAUAACAAGAAGACCAUUAAGUUUUCUGAAAAAUUAAAGAUAUUAAAAAAGAAAUGGCUUCAUCUUCCUCGCAACCGACUGACCAUCGCCGCAAAUGGGACCGAGAAGAAUACGAAAAACUAGCAGCGCAGAGGAUUCGCAAAGAAAAAGAGGGAGACGAGGAUGAUUUUCUCCUCCCAUCAAAGAGAGAACUUUUAAAACAACGUGACUAUAAAGUUGACCUCGAAUCACGUCUAGGGAAAAGCGUCGUGAUCACGAAAACCACCCCAGCCGCUCAAGGAGCCGGUUACUAUUGUAAUGUAUGCGACUGUAUCGUAAAGGACUCCAUUAACUUCCUUGAUCACAUUAACGGAAAGAAACAUCAAAGAAACCUGGGUAUGUCCAUGAAAGUCGAACGUAGUUCUGUUGAGCAAGUCAAAAAAAGAUUUGAGGCAUUAAAAAAGAAAAAAGAGGAAAAAACCAAAGAGUACGACUUGACAGAGAGAAUCCAAGAACUCAAGGAAGAAGAAGAGAAACUUCGUGAAUAUAGAAGAGAGAAAAGGAAAGAAAAGAAACGCAAGUUCAAUGAAGUUGACAAAUCUGAUCACAAUGAUGACAACGACGACAUGGCUGCGAUGAUGGGAUUCAGUGGUUUUGGAUCUUCGAAGAAAUGAUGAUACAGAACAUGGUAAACUUCUAGCACUGCUGCAUAUCUACAUUGUCUCGCCCUUUUCCGUUCGGCACGAAAAAUAAAUGUUUCGUUAUAUAACUGA